UUGCAUAGGAAAGUUAAGUGUGAGAAGCGACUAAACGGCGGUGCCGGGGACGAUGAGAAGACACCCCCACAGUCACCGAUGCCACUCGACCCGGCCCGGAUCCGACUCGGACACCGUAACCGGAUCUGAUUCCGACGCCGAUACCGACGCGAAGAUGCGGUGCAUCUCUUGCCGGGAAGAGUACCUUCCUCGCGACGCCGGGAUCUGUAAGGAGUGCUACGAAGAGGCCAGCGAGACGGAGGACGAGCUCAAGCGCGAGAUCGACGAUCUCAAGGCCAAAGUUUCUUUUCUCCGCUUCUGGUCUCCGCUCGAUCACGUGGGCGUUGGCGGCUCCAGGUCCUCCGCCGUUGUCGGUCCUUGCUUCACCGACGUCGUUCUUGUCGCCUGCGACGACGGCGUCGGCGGUCCUGUCGUCCCCGCUCAUAAAGCCGUCCUGGUGAGCCGUUCACCGGUCUUCAAAGCAAUGCUAGACAACGAGAUGGAAGAGAGCCUUAGUGGCACCAUAAAGAUCAGUGACGUGUCGUACGAUGCACUCCGAGCAUUCGUCAAUUAUCUAUACACUGCGGAAGCAUGUCUCGAUGAACAAAUGGCCUGUGAUCUCUUAAUCCUAUCUGAGAAAUACCAAGUGAAACAUCUCAAGAGUUACUGCGAGAGGUUCUUGAUGACGAAGAUGAGUUGGGAGACUUCCCUUGUGAGCUAUGCCUUUGCUCAUCGGCACAAUGCAAAACAAAUGCUGGAUGCAGCACUGUCAUUGAUCACGGAUAAUAUGGACAAAGUCACGAAAAGAGAGGAAUAUAUGGAGCUCGUGGAGAAGGAUCCUCGUCUUAUCGUCGAAAUUUAUGAAGCAUAUCUGUCGAAACAGGUCAACACAGCGGCAACUCACCGAGACAAGUCAUCCUAGACAACAAGCUCAUGCACUUCUUUCACCGUGUAACUGUUUUUGCGGCGCUUUAUCACAGUGAAAGUCUUGCAAGAUGAUGUGUGUAUAUGUUUUGCUUAGUUCUUUUGUUUUUGGAUAAGAACAACAAAAAGUACAUUGGAAAUUUCUUGGGGAUUUGUACGACAUCCGUACACAAGGUACUUCUGUUGGAUGAUUCUCGUCGAUUUCCUGGAAAUUUCUUGAGUGAUUUCCUUGAAAGUGAUA